AUGCGUUAUAGGAGUACUCAUUGUCUCACAGUCAAAAACCCGCACCCUAAACGUUCCCUCCUCUCAAAGCCAAGUUUUGAGGCGAACAAGUCAACCAAGGGCGCCUCCAAGCUACGCAGGGACUUGAUCAACGCCGAGAUCGCCAACCUCCGGGACCUCCUGCCCCUGCCGUCGUCCACGAGGCAGAGGCUCUCUCAGCUCCAGCUCAUGGCCCUCGUCUGCGUGUACGUGCGGAAAGCAAACUACUUCCAACACGUGUUCCGGAAACAUGACGUCAUGCCCGAGGUUCCCAUGCUGCACUUCGGUUUCUCCAAAGCAAUGAGCGGCUUCCUGAUGAUGAUGACGCAAAAUGGCAAGCUGCUCUACAUCUCCGACAACGCGGCAGAGUACCUGGGGCACUCGAUGGAGGACCUGCUGAUCCACGGGGACAGCGUGUACGACAUCAUCGAGAAGCAGGACCACCAGGCCAUCCAGGCCGAGCUCAUGCGCAGCCCGAACCCGCUGAGUCUGGCCCCGGACGCCCGGCUCUUCCUCUGCCGCAUGAACGUCUCCAGGAACGCCAGGCGGCAGAUGCGCUUCGGAGACCAGAAGGUCGUACUGGUGCAGGGGCACUUCGCGUCCUACCUGCCGCUCUGCAGUCGCAACGAGCCCGUGUUCCUGGCCACGUGUACACCUGUCGCCAUGCCCGAGACCCGAGAGUGCGUCGUCCAGGGAUCGACGUCAGUCUUCACCUCCAUCCACUCUAUGGACAUGAAGUUCCUACACCUUGACCGCAACGGCGAGUUCCACCUGGGGUACCAAAAGUCGAGCCUGCAGAGCAUCUCCUGGUACGAACUGGUUCAUUGGGAACACCUCCGGGAGGCCCAGUCCAAGCACAGACUCAUCACGCAGUCGGAGCAGGAGCGGUCCUGCAUCUUGCUGGUGCGGCUGCAGACCAGCCGGUCGGGGUGGCUCUGGGUGCACGCAGUGCUCCAAGUCAAGGACGGUUCGGACAGCUCCCAGCAGCCCGUCAUCGUGUGCACCAACCAAGUGCUCAGCGAGCGGGAAGCGGCGGUGAUGCGGGCCAACUCGUGGCUCUACCAGUACUACUCGCUCCACUCCAAGAUGCACUACGGGCUCGCUUACGAGGCCACCCGGCUGCCCGCCUACUACCCCGCCACCGUGAUGCCGUAUCCUCCACCCCGGGAACAGCCCCAGGCGCCCCUUCCCCACUCGCCUUACCCGCUACCGCAUCACUUGAACGGAACACCCGUGCCCCAACACCCACAUCACCCAGGAGUUCUCCAGUACGGAGGACCACCGCACGGCGGACUACCCUACAGCAGCAUUGCUGCCGGCAGCCCAACCUCGCCGGACCGCAAAUGGGGCUCCGCAACAGGAAGCCUGAAGCGCUCCGUGUCCCCCUGUCCUGGCAGUCCUCCGGUCCCCAAGGCGCCCAGACCCAGCUAUGGCGCCUUUGCGGAACUGGCGCCCCUCUUGCCUUCUGGAUACUAUGGUGGGCCGGGCCAAGUCCUUGCCGCAGCGGCACCGGUGCCCGCUGCAUUUCGUGCCCCUACGAAACUUCCAGAUGACCGGUUGGCCGACGUGGAACAGUCGUUGACGCCGACCAACACCGAAGACGUGUCCCAGAUGAUCGCCGGCGGAGCGGGCUAUCUGCGUCCCACCUACGUGUCCCUGGACGACCCCGAAGUGGCCAAGGCGGCGCGAAGCGUGGCUCCGUACCCUUCAGCGUUGGAACCGCCCGCCUACUACCCGCGCUACCUGGAGCUCAGUCUGACCCUGGAGCUCGCCGACGGCAAGGAGCAGUACGCGGCGGCCGCGCAGAGCUCGGCAGAUCUUCGCGAAGGGUUCCUGUACCACCGAGGCGCCUUCGCGCCUCCGAGACUGUCCUGCGAUGAGGAGCACAGGCCUGUGGAGAUGGACGUGCCCAUGGCCGGAGUACCGCACCAUUACUGGCACCGACCAGCUUCGGGAGGCUGCAGCCUCAGCUCGGGUGCGGAAGUGGCUGCCGCUUGCCACGCAUCUCAAAGUGUCAGGAACAUGGCUGAAGAGGCGGCAUCUGUCGAGUCCUGA